GUGUGGGAGUGCCUCCGCUGCCUGGAUCUCGCAACACUCAGUCAGUAUGGCGCGGAAAAGGAUGAGAGUGAUGUCUCCUCAGGCUCUUCUCUUCGUGGUAGCAAUUGCGGUGACUGCUUUCUCAGGGUUUGCGGAGGCGUUCAAAGACCCGCACAACAAGUUCUGCGGCGAGGACGAGUGCUACGCGGUGCUGGGCCUCCAGCGCGGAGCAGACAAGGCUGACAUCAAGAAGGCUUACCGCACCAUCUCGCUGGAAGUUCACCCAGACAAGAACCCGACCGCUGCGGCGAAGGAAAAGUUCACGAAAGUGGCCAAGGCUUACGGUGUCUUCAUGGACGAGGAGCUGAACAAGAAGUACCACUUCUUCCUUGACCACCCGGACGCCUACUGGCUCGAGUAUGGCCACCACUGGGUCAUGCGCUACGCGUCCGCCUCGGAUGUACGCGGCGUCCUCCUCGGCCUUCUCGUGCUCGUCUCUUUCUUCGCCUAUGGCAUCCAGCACACGCGGUACACGACCGCCGUGAGAUAUCUCCGGAAGGCGGCCGAGAAGAACCUGGGACCUAAGUCGGGGGGCAACGCGGCGACCAUGCAGCUGAGGAGGGAGGCGGAAGCCCUGCUCGCCGAGCGCAAGGGAGAGGCCCAGGGGGGCAAGAAGAACGGGGUCGGCUCUAAAGGGAGCAAGGUAGUAAAGCAGACCCGCAAGGAAAAGGAGGCCGAGUUGGCCGAGGUGAUCGCCGAGCUCUCGCUGCAGGUGGAGAUCAAGGGCAGCUGCCGCAAGCCCACGUGGAGGGACCAGCCGGUGGUGCUCCUCGCCAUGCUUCCCGUCCACACUGCCACUUACCUGUGGCACAAGUUUCAGCUGGUAGCGUCGAAGCUGACGAAGAGGGAGGUGACGGCGUCGGAGCGAGAGUACUGGGCCCGCCGUUCGGUGGGGAGUAGCACGUGGGACGAUCUUGACGCCGAGACCAGGGCCGCGGCCACGGAAGGCGACGCUUGGAGGGGGGGCGAAGCGAUGGAGGAUUGGAAAGAGGUAUACCUUUACGGGGGGGGGACGUCCUCUUCCAAGGGGCUUCGGAAGCGCAACAAGGUCGCCAGCGGAAGCAUAAUGAAGGGGGUGCUAGGGGAAGGGCCGGAGGUAGAGUACUAGAUUUCUUCAGGUGUUUUUGCUGGUUUAGUCCGCGCGCAUGGCACGGGCGCGUCCCCUUUGCUACAGCCUGUUUUUUGUUUCGAUCACGAGACAAGUGUUUGGUGCGUCCGUUCUCUGGAGCAACCGCGUGUUGCGGUUUCCGCUUCAGAGAGGGGCACGCAAUUGGUGAAUUUCUCGGGGGGGUGUUUGUUUUCCCUUGGGGGGGACUCCUUCCUCUCUACCCCAGCGAUGAGUGUCUCUCGGUUGGUCGUUUUGGCGGAUUGUACGUGGCGUGGGGGUUGUGGCAGAGCCUUAGCCUUGUCGGUCGAGGCGUUUAGGAGGUGGGGGUGGGCGGGUGGGGUUGGGUGCGGGAGGUGAUGGUGUGAGAGCUUUCAGAGGCGCUUUCUCUCUCAAGGCUUGUGGUUUUGCCUUGAUGGACCGAUCCUCGGCGAAAGGUACGGGGCGUGGCACUGGUGAGCCUGCAAGAGACGGAUAGUGGCGGUAAUAACGCCGACUUCCCCGAGCGAAAACGAGAGAAGGCGGGUAGAGGAUAGGAACGGGCUGGUUUGCUUCGUGUUGAGAGGCAACAGCGCUGUUGCGGGCUUUUGAGUCAAAUGCCGACAGAAAGUUGGACAAACGCAAGAGCCCGCUUCGCUGCCAUGAUCGGUUAGCUUUUGUAUCCGUUUUGCAACUCCACGAGAUGCCUAUUUUCAGACUCGAGCAAACAUGUGUUGUGGGUUUGAAAGUGUUACGAGACACGCCAAGGCUGGUGCGCUGUGGUCCUUGUACGAAGCUUGCGGGGUUCGAGUCACACGCACCCCUCCCACCCCGUCUGCAGAGACGUUGAUGGCGCACUUCCUUUAGAACGGGUGGUGCCU